GUUCUUUCCCGAAUCGAAUCGCUUCCCUUCCCCUCCCUUCCCUUCCCUUGCUACGGAGACGGAAGGGAAGGCCUCGCUCUCGCCCUUGUUCUGCCUUUGGCCUUCUCCCCACCGCGCGCCUCCGUCUCCUAGGCUUCAAGCCUCGCUGUAGCUCGGCAUAUCACCUUCUUGAGGUUAAGAUGUUGGGCCGCGCAAUACGCAGUAUGGACGUUAUGGUGCAUUCUUCUACUUUCCUUCUUCCAAAGUUGUAUCAGCCUGCCAAAACUCCUCCAAAGAACUAUGCUCUAGUUGUUCUUAAUCAAAACCUUCCACGAUUCAUGCCUCGCCUAUGGACUCAUGCAAAGCUAAGAAUCUGUGCUGAUGGAGGAGCCAAUCGUGUUUUUGAUGAGAUGUUUCAGAUGACUAAUGAGCAAGACUAUGAAAGCACCCGAAAUAGGUAUAUUCCGGAGUUAAUUGAGGGAGAUAUGGAUUCUAUAAGGCCAGAAGUGAAAAACUUUUACUCUAGCCAGGGAUCUAAAAUUUCAGAUAAAUCACAUAACCAAGAGACAACAGAUCUACAUAAGUGUAUUUCUCGAAUCCAUCGUUGUACACCUGAUCAUGAAAAAUCAAAUCUUUGCGUUCUUGUGACUGGAGCACUUGGUGGAAGGUUUGAUCACGAGGCUGCCAAUAUCAACGUUUUGUAUUUAUUUUCGGACAUGAGGAUUGUUCUUCUAUCCGAUGAUUGCUUGAUUCGGCUUCUUCCCAAGACACACAAGCAUGAGAUCUAUAUUGAGUCAUCUGUUGAAGGUCCACAUUGUGGACUUUUUCCUGUUGGAGCACCAUCUGGAAGCACUACAACCACUGGCCUGAAGUGGAACUUGAGUGAAGCAAAGAUGAGAUUUGGGAGUAUGAUAAGCACAUCCAACAUUGUGCAUGAAGAAAAGGUAACUGUACAGUCCGACGCGGAUCUUCUCUGGACAAUUUCCCUCCGAAAUCUGACCUGAAGAGCCGCCUCCAGAUUGCAUCUUUUCCCAUUUUUCCCCUUACUCUGGCAUAUCUUCGUGCUGCAUCUGAUCAGUUCAGUUCCUGUACAGUAGUUUGCCUACUUCACGAUAAAUCAUAAUCAUGAUGCAUCGGCCAUUUGAUUUGCCUGCUUCGUGAUAAAUGAAAAUCAUGGUACUCAUACUCAUGAGGUUAAUUUCAACUUGAAAAGGACAAACUGCCAGUGGAUUGCAUGAAUAACACGGGCAGAUAAGAUGUAAUUCCGUUGUUGGUUUGUUUAUGCGGGAUCGGAUGAGCAAAAUGAUCCCUGAACUGCAGGGUUCUACUCUGAACAAUUCUAUCUGAUUGGCAAUGUGUGCUCUGCACGUGUAACAUAUCAAUGUGAAGGUUUGAUCCGCUUUUUUGACAAAUUGGUUCUUUUCACAAAC